UGCCAAACGAAUUAGUCCCAAUGUCGAUGCGGAAGUGCGCAAUUCUUUUCAUUUUGUUGCCUUUGCUGCAGGCAGGAUUACUCCUAGCAUCGGAGACAUGUCUCUACUGUCGCGGCAUCAAUUGCCAGCGAAGCAGCUACCAGGCCACGGAACAGUGUGUGGAUCAGCUGGACGCAUGCGUUAGUGUCUUCCUUGGAGGCAUGAUACAAGCUCAAGGCUGCCUGGAGAAGCUCGAAGAUAAAUUUCGACAGCACUGCAAAAGCAAUCACAAUUCCCUCAACGCUCAAUGUGAGAUAUGUGUAACCAACAGUUGUAACAAUGUGACCUCCAGUCAACUGUCCUGCUUGCAGUGCCUCGAUACAGAAGAUGCUCGUUGUAGCUCAGCACCUGACCAACUUACUGCGCAAAGAUGUCCCAUUUCUCAUAGUGGACGUAACCUUUGUUAUGCCAGCAUCAGUAAUCAAAGAGUUGAGCGUGGCUGUUCUUUGACCAUGUCGGAGCAGGUCUCUUGCCUGGCUGAUGUCAAUUGUAAGCUGUGUGAUCCUCUAGAACUGCCGCAUUGCAACGAUCAAUUGCUGAAUGAGGCCACAACAACAACAGAGUCACCUUCUAGCUCUACUACUAGCAGCAGCACUAGCACAAGUUCUACUGCCAGCUCUAGUACCAGUACUAGUUCCAGUAGUAGUUCCAGCACAAGCUCCAGUACUAGUUCCAGUACUAGUCCUGGCACCACUUCUUCAACGACCUCAUCAACAACCGAGGCGCCAGACUCUUCAACCGACAGUCCAACAACUACAUCAACAACAGCUAAGCCGAAUAGUGCCUCGAGUCUUUCUAUCCAAAACGUUUCAGUUUUACUAGCGAUUUCUCAGCUAGUUUUUUGUAUUUUUAUAUACGUGCAAUAAAUAAUUGGGAAAAAACGCUGGGUUAACUGCUAUGUGACUCUAAGUUCCCACGACCUUCCCUCUAUCAUAAUACUACUAAUGUUAAUCUAAUAAUUGCUAAACGAUUGUUCAUGUUCAUAAAUAACGAUAAAGCUGAUAAAGAGGCACACACAACUACAAUG